GAUUUUGGUUUUUAUAUUUAGCAAGUUAAUUCCAUCAAUUAUUUCGGAUUUGUUUUGAUUUUUGAUAUUCUAUGAACAAAAUAUUCUGGUUAAGGUCGGUGAUCGAGGCAAUGUUUCAAGCGGAUAGGUGUGUCAAAUAUAAUCGGGUUCGAAUGGUUUCACCGAAAUUUGGUCUGGUUUUCGAUAUAUGUUGUUUGCUGCAUCAUUUUCGACGUUUAUAGUCCUCACUUUGUGUCAAGUUUGCAUUUUCACUUGACCAGGCGCAGCUGGCAAGGAUUGGCGUUUCAAAUAAUGUUUUUCUUUCGAUGCUGUUUUUGUUUUGCUGAUUUAAAUCAUUUUGUAGUUCUUGUGGCGAAUAAUAUAAUGUGUCGGGUUGAAAAUAAUGAGUGAGUUUCCCGAUGGAAAGAUCAGGUAAGAGACUGCAGAUAGAUAUGGGAAUAUGAUAUUUGGCGCUUUUUAGGUCUUGCCUUUCAAACGAUAAUCUAUUAGCAAGUGGGAACUCAAUUUGCAUCUUAAACUUCCCGAAAGAUCUCGUUGCCUACGAACUGUUUUGGUAGUCAAUGACUGCUUUAACUUGUUUGUGCAUGCAAUAAGCAUGGUGGUGGUGGUGAUGUUGAUGGAGAGCUACUGAAGCAAAAACUUUUAUGACGGGCUAUCUGCCUUAUUGUUUUGAUUGCUAUAUUAGAAAACCGUUUUGAUGGACGGGGCCAAUAUCUGAUGGACUGCUGGGCUUGAGUAAUGUUUUAAGUAUUGGGGAGCAAUCUGUUGGAGAAAACAAUUAUACAGUGUCUAGCUUUUGGCGUAAUCAUAUAGUUGAUUGAGGCAUAUGACUGCAAAGCUGUUAGAUUUAGCUCUCAGACCUCACAUUAAAUAUUUUCCAAGAUAGCUUCUAUAUAUUUCGGGUGCAAUUCUGCAAGGAUGGAUAAAACUGUUUCUCCUCAAGCAUUGCGGACACCUGAUCGCAAAAUUUUAUCUGCUAAUUCACUGAAAGAUUUGUGGCUUGUUGUGCGAGAAGGAUCGCUAAAUGAUGUAGAGGCAGUCUUGGCAUUAUCAAAGAAGAAUGGAAUCAAUAUCAAUUCAAGGAAUAUAUUCGGGCUGACCCCUCUUCAUAUUGCCACUUGGAGGAACCACAUCCCCAUUGUCAGGAGGCUUCUUGCAGCUGGUGCAGACCCUGAUGCUCGAGAUGGAGAAUCAGGAUGGAGUAGCCUUCACAGGGCUUUGCAUUUUGGACAUCUUGCUGUGGCAGGCAUCCUUCUUCAGCAUGAUGCCUCUAUUACAAUGGAGGACUAUAAAUGUCGAGUACCUGUAGAUCUCUUAUCUGGCCCUGUGUUCCAGGCCUUUAGAAGUGAAUGCGAUUCAGUUUCUACUGAGGUCUUUAGUUGGGGAAGUGGCACAAAUUAUCAGCUUGGAACUGGAAAUGCGCACAUUCAAAAGUUACCAUGCAAAGUUGAUUCCCUUGGCGGUUCGUACAUAAAGUUGAUUUCUGCCGCAAAAUUCCACAGUGUGGCUGUUACAGCUGAUGGAGAAGUGUAUACCUGGGGAUUUGGAAGGGGUGGCCGUCUAGGACACCCGGAUUUUGACAUCCAUAGUGGUCAAGCUGCAGUCAUCACUCCCCAGCAGGUGACUUAUGGUCUGGGUGCUCGCCAAGUGAAGGUAAUUGCUGCCGCUAAGCAUCAUACUGUUGUUGCUACAGAAGGUGGUGAAGUGUUCACAUGGGGAUCCAAUAGAGAGGGACAGCUUGGCUACCCUUCUGUUGAUACCCAACCCACACCCCGUAGAGUGGCUUCUUUACGGUCCAAAAUUGUUGCUAUUGCUGCAGCAAACAAGCAUACUGCUGUAGUUUCUGAUUCAGGCGAAAUUUUUACCUGGGGUUGCAAUAGAGAGGGUCAGCUUGGUUAUGGCACCUCAAACUCCGCAUCUAAUUACACCCCUCGUGUAGUUGAAUACUUGAAGGGAAAGAAUUUAACUGGAGUUUCUGCCGCAAAAUAUCAUACAGUUGUGUUGGGAUCUGAUGGAGAGGUGUAUACUUGGGGUCAUCGCCUUGUUACUCCAAGACGAGUAGUCAUUACUAGGAACUUGAAAAAAAGUGGAAGCACUCUUUUGAAGUUUCACCGCAUGGAACGACUUCAUGUAAUUUCCAUAACUGCUGGAAUGGUGCAUAGCACUGCUCUUACAGAUGACGGUGCAUUGUUCUAUUGGGUCUCCUCGGAUCCUGAUCUUAAAUGCCAACAGCUAUAUGCUAUAUCUGGAAGAAACAUGGUGAGUAUAUCUGCUGGAAAGUACUGGACUGCAGCUGUUACGACUACUGGUGAUGUUUAUAUGUGGGAUGGGAAGGAAGGCAAGGAAAAGCCACCUGUUGUGACUCGGUUGCAUGGUGUGAAGAGGGCUACUUCAGUUUCAGUUGGUGAAACGCAUCUACUGAUUGUGGCUUCCCUCUAUCAUCCUGGCUAUCCUCUUGAUGUGACGAAGACUUCCCAGGAGCUCAAGUUGAAUCAUAAGGAUGAUGUAGAAGAGAUUACAGAAGAUAUUUUAUUUCAGGAUUUGGAAUCCGAUAAUAUGACUUACUGUAUACAAAAAGAUAAUUUUGGGAAGAGGAUUGUACCUAGUCUAAAAAGCCUCUGUGAAAAGGUCGUGGCAGAGUAUCUAGUGGAGCAUCGAAAUGCCAUCCAGUUUCUUGAGAUUGCUGAUGCUCUAGGAGCCAGUGAUUUGAAGAAAUAUUGUGAGGAGACUGUCAUUCGCAACCUUGAUUACAUCUUUACAGUUUCAUCGCAUUCUGUGAAAAAUGCAUCACUAGAUGUUCUGGCCAACCUUGAGACAUUGUUAGACCAGAGAUCAUCUGAACAAUGGAGUCACCGCCUACUCCCUACUGUAACUGCUCCUUUUCCUCCCACCAUAAACAGUGAAGAGGGUGAUAGUGACAUGGAUUUUAACAGGGCUCAUGACAAACCAAUGAAAUUGAAGUUGGAAAAAGAUCAAAGACUAGAUUCAUUUCUCCAGCCUAAGGAUGAUCCCAAUCAAGAAAACUCCAAAGUAGUUCGAGCUCUAAGGAAGAAGUUGCAGCAGAUUGAGGUGCUUGAAGCUAAGCAAUAUAAGGGUCAGCGCCUUGAUGACCAACAGAUUGCAAAGCUUCAGUCUAAGUCAGCUCUGGAGAGGUCACUUGCAGAGCUUGGUGUUCCAAUUGAAACUUCACGGUAUAAAGAGUUGUCUUCUCUGCAUUCAGAAGGGAAAGGUAAUAAAAAAGGUAAACUAUCAAGAAAACAGAGAAAGAACAGCACAUCAAGUGUGGUGCAGACCGAAGUGGAAUCUAUUUCUGCUGGAGCAGAAGUAAUAUCAGAACCUGCAAAGGACAUGUUGGGCAUUAAAAUCUUGGAUGCCUCUGAGAUAAAGGUGGAAGAAUCUACUUGUGAACAAACUACAGCCAAUGAAGGUGCAAUGGAUUCGGCUAUUGUGAUCCAGAAGAAAGACAAUUUAGCGUUGCCAAACAAGUGUCAGUCACUGAAAAAUUCCAAGAAGAAGGGCAAGAAAGGUGGUCUUUCUUUGUUUUUGAGUGGUGCCCUUGAUGAUGCCCCAAAAGAGGUGGCUUCCCCUCCACCAAUGCCGAGAAAUGAGGGUCCUGCAUGGGGUGGGGCCAAGUUUUUAAAGGGUUCUGCUUGUCUUCGCGAAAUUCAGGUUGAGCAGAGCAAAAUAAAGGAAAACAAGCCAGGUAAGAGCAAACACCAGGAGCAAGACCUCUCUGACAGUGGCAGUGGGGGGAAAAUAUCAUUAAGUUCAUUUCUUCCUUCCAGCCCAAUACCUUUUGCCUCAACUCGAAGUUCCCAGGUAUCUGAUGGAGAAAAAGGUACCCCCUCUUGGUCUGCGUCCAGAACCCCACCUCAUCUAUCUCGGCCAUCUUUAAGGGACAUUCAAAGGCAGCAGGGAAAAAUGCAUGAGAGCUUGUCCCGUAGUCCGCAGGCCAGAACAACUGGAUUUGCUGUUGGUGCAGGUCAAGGCUCGCCAUCUGAACCUCCAGGGAUGAACCGUUGGUUCAAGCCAGAGGCGGAGACAAUAUCCUCAAUCCGGUCUAUUCAGAUUGAGGAAAAGGCCAUGAAGGAUCUCAAGCGCCUCUACAGAAGCGUUAAGGUUGUUAAAAAUAAGUCUUGAGGGUUGAGCUAAGGCUAUUUCAUUUAUUUGUCGAGGCAGCAAGGCAUGAUCUUCUCUGUUCUCUUUUUUCUGCAACCCCUUCCGUGUUCUCUUCUCGGAAGUUCUCUUUUGCGGUCAUAGUCCAGUGACUAGAAAUUAGCCUGUACAUGUAGUUGCGCCGUAUAUUUUUUCUUGUUAUUCCCUUUUUUCAAAUCCAAUGUAGUUUCUAGCUUCGUAGCAUACUUAGGUCAUAACAAUCUAACAUCACAGUACUUUAUGACUGAGUUCACUACUUUGUACUCGUUUCUUACUCUCCGAAGUUUGGAGAAUGGCACGAGAAUUAUACGGUCCGUCAUGGGGAUAAACUGACCUGUCAUUUUUGGUAGCAUCAAUUUUACGUUUGUACUCGGUUGACAGAAGCACCUGCACUGUUAUGGAAAUCCCUUCUGUUUUAGCACGAGGGCUAAUGUUAUUUAUGCA